AUGGCGGCCCCAGACUCUGAUACCACAGACAACAAAAUCUACGCCCUGAUCAACUACGAAGAUCCCUACGUCCAACCCCUCAUUCUAGCCGCUCUCGAAAAGCGCCUGCCGAAACCAUCUUAUGAGUUGAUAUCCUCCAUUUCACAGCUUCCCAGUCCCUCCUUCCGCCUCCUCCAAUGGGUCCAAUACGAAUCCAUCGACUUCGACCACCUCAUGGAAAACUCCUCCACCAGCCUCUCAAACGCCUACAUAAUCCGCAAAGCUCUAAUCCGGAAACACUACCUCAGCACCACCAUCGCGAAUUGGAUUACCAAGUAUCUAGAUAGCGUACUCAAGAAACAUGUAAAACCAAGCGUGGAAUUCGAAAUCGACUACGCCGAGUUUCUGGAUGAUGCGCUGGUCGAAGCGUGGGAGUUGAAGGAGAGUUGGGCGCGGAACGAAGAUCAAGAAGAUGUGCAGAAGAAGGAAUGGUGGAUUCUUAAACCGGGGAUGAGUGAGAGGGGGCAAGGGAUUAGGCUGUUUAGCAGUGAGGAGGAGUUGACUAAGAUUUUUGAGGAGUGGGAUCCUGAGAGUGAUGAUGAGGAUGGAGAAGAGGAGGAGGAUGCGAGAAGUGACGCUGGCAGCAACAUUAUUGGCAGUAAGGGUGAGGGAAAGGGGGAGAAAGAGGAGGGAAACGGCAUCAUAACAUCCCAACUCCGCCACUUCAUCGCACAACCUUACAUCCACCCUCCGUUACUCCUCUCUCCUCCCAACGUCCCCUCUUCAGAACUGCGCAAAUUCCACAUCCGGACUUACGUUCUCGCCACCUGCGCUCUCCAAGUCUACGUCUACCGACCCAUGCUCGCCCUCUUCGCUGCACGGCCCUACGUCCCUCCUUGGGACGACGUGUUACAGGAAGAUCGCGAUGAGGCUAUGAAGGCGCAUCUGACGAAUACGUGUUUGCAAGAGAGUGGGGAUAGGGAGGGGAGUGUGGGGUUAUUCUGGUCUCUCCCAGACGACAUACCUUCUCAACCAGAUCUCGGGUCUGUCAAACUAGAGAGUGAACCGGACUGGAAGGAUAAAGUGUUCGAGCAGAUCAAGGAAGCAACAGGUGCGACGUUCGAAGCUGCGGCGAGGGGCAUGUCGAUCCAUUUCCAGCCGCUGCCUAACAGUUUCGAAAUCUUUGGCUUGGAUUUCAUGGUAGGCCAUGAAGAGGAUGGGGGACUGAAUACGUAUCUGCUGGAGGUGAAUGCGUUUCCGGAUUUCAGGCAGACGGGGAGCGAGUUGAGUGGGGUGAUUGAGGGGCUUUUUGAGGGGGUGGUGAAUAGGGGGGUUGUGCCUUUCUUUGGGGUUAAGGCAGAAGGAGGAGAGCGGGACGAUGGGAUGGUCAAGGUGUUGGAUAUUGAUCUGGGACGGCGGUGA